AUGUCUGUGAUCCGCAAUUCAUGUAAUCUGUCCCUUAGAACCGGUGCAUGGAUUGACUGGUGCUUUGGUUCCUUUUGUUGCAUAUUGACAUGUAAUACGAGAAGAAACGUGCAUACAGGAGAUGAUGAUUUGAUGUUUGCUGGUGCAGGUUUGGGCGAAUCAGGAGGUGGGGUACUCACAAAAUCAACGGUGUAUAUCAAUGAUGUAUGCUUUGAGGUAUCAUCAAUGUUACCCUUCGAUGUCAGAGAAGCAUUUGGUGAGGAUGCAGUGCUUGUACACUCAUCUGGUCAGCCUGUUCUCACCAAUCAAUGGGGUGUGACUCUUCAGCCACUUCACCAUGGGGCUUUUUACUACCUAAUGCGCACGUUUACUCCCUCCCCAGUUGACAGAACCAUCGAUUUGAUUUAGAAGGAUUGAGGAAGUUCACAAGAAUUGAUGGAGUUGACAAGAAGGGCUGCUGUUAUCUUUUUCUUUCGUGUAUCCCAAUUUUCUCUUUUUAGGCCUUAGUUGCUACCUUUUGCGCUAGUAGUCUGUUGUUCUAUUUGAUCUGUAUUACUCUAUUUCGUGUAAUACGAAGUAGAACAUAAAUUAUGUGUUCUCACGUUGUUUGUUUGA